UUUGAAUAUUCACCAUGCGAAACAGUUCGCUUCGAAUUAUUUCCACCCUAUCGUGAACGGCAUCAACGGCGAAAUAAUUGUCAAAUUAUUGGUGAAAUUUUUCGUUAAAAUUUUGUGCGCGAAAUAUAUUUGAAUCAUGUCAAAAUCGAUUAAUAAAACGCAAUCUGAAAUUUUGCUCAGUAAAAUGGCAGAAAAUCCUGAUUUAGCGGCUGGCUUCUCUAAACAAGGAAAAGACAGACAAGAAGCGUUAUGGAAGGAAACGGCCGCGGAUUUGAACAGUGCUGGGCCUCCGACUAAAACGGUGUCUGAGUGGAAAAGGGUUUGGAAUGACCAAAAGCGUUACGUACGCAAAAAGUUGACGUUUAAUGCGGAACAAAUUAGAGGCACUGGUGGGGGACCAAACCUGCAUCAUAAACUGUCAACAUCGGAGGAAACUAUUGUAGCAAUCACUGGCAUGACAAAUAGCGUUGAGGGAUUGGAAGGAAUAGUGUCACACGGAUUUCAGCCGCUAAGCACAACUGAGAGUGAAUUGGACGCAGAAACAAUUGUGAACAAAAGUCCACAGCAAACUCCAAAAAGGAACCCCUUUCUUAAAGAUGCGCCGUCAUCCUCUAAAAGAAAGGGCACAUCUGUGAUAUUAGAAGAAGAAAUAGAAGUGCAAAAAGAAAUCUUAAAACGGAUAAGGAGAAUUGAAGACAAUACAAGGGCGUUGAAUAAAAAUUUCACAAUUUUAAACAAUUUAAAGGAAGAAGAAUUAAAAGAACUAAAAAAUCAAACGAUAGAAAAUAAGCGGCAUAAUAUUGAAAUAGAAAAUUUGAGAAAAAGAGAAAUUAAAGCAAAGUUAGAAAAAACAAGAAGGUUAAUAGAAAUUGAAGAAAUGAAGCUUUCAAUGAUGAAAAGAUAA